CCUGUAAGCGGCCAGAGGUGACCUGUGAAGAUGGUUCGCUACUUCCUUGACCCAGAAAACCCCACGAAAUCAUGCAAGUCAAGAGGCUCAAACCUUCGUGUUCACUUUAAGAAUACCCGGGAAACUGCCCAGGCCAUUAAGGGUAUGCAUAUCCACAAAGCCACCAAGUAUCUGAAGGAUGUCACUUUAAAGAAGCAGUGUGUGCCAUUCCGGCGGUAUAAUGGUGGAGUCGGUAGGUGCGCCCAGGCCAAACAGCAGGGCUGGACACAGGGACGGUGGCCAAAAAAGAGUGCUGAUUUUUUGCUGUACAUGCUUAAAAAUGCAGAGAGUAAUGCUGAACUUAAGGGUUUGGAUGUAGAUUCUCUGGUCAUUGAACACAUCCAGGUGAACAAGGCUCCUAAGAUGCGCAAACGAUCCUACAGAGCUCACGGCCGGAUUAACCCAUACAUAAGCUACCCCUGCCACAUCGAGAUGAUCCUCACUGAGAAGGAACAGAUUGUUCCAAAGCCAGAAGAGGAGGUUGCACAGAAGAAAAAGAUAUCCCAGAAGAAACUGAAGAAACAAAAGCUCAUGGCACGGGAAUAAAUUCAGCAUAAAUAAAUGCGGAUAAAGUAAAAAAAAAAAAAAAA